CCUGAUAUACAUUCAUCCACCUUUGGAUUCGCUUGUCCCUAUUCAGUCAGUUCGCUUUCGUACAACCUUAUUUCCAGAGGGCAACAUAGGCCACAACCACUCAGGCUCAGAGGCCCUAUCCUCUGAACACUCACUGAUUGUUCUAGCGAGUUUAUUAUCAUAUCCGGCGGCGCUAUGCAGAAAGCUGGAGAUGUGCUCGGCGACCAUCGGUCGGACUCGAGCGUAUCAUUAACAUCUGAAGACGAGCAGGAGGAGCUUCAAAAUCUUACACGAAUCGCGUCAAGUCGACAUGGCCGGACGCUCUCACACACUGCGACCCUUGACGAAAAGAACGACCCCCGAUUGGAUCCCACGAGUCCGGAAUUUGACCAUCGACGAUGGGCAGCAAUGGUUCUGAGGGCAAAUAGUCAGGCAGGAAUCACACCACAAACUCAGGGCGUCGUCUUCUCCAACUUGUGUAUCUCCGGUUCGGGUUCGGCACUACGCUUCCAGGAAACACUUCUCACGCAGCUGACGACCCCUUUCCGUCGAAUCUCCCGACUUCUUUCGGGACAACGGUCGCCUCCCCCACGCCAGAUCCUUCACAACUUUGACGGCUUACUUCAGAGUGGUGAGCUGCUUCUGGUACUUGGUCGUCCAGGAAGUGGCUGUUCGACCUUUCUGAAGACUCUUUGUGGACAUCUCGGGGGGUUGACUCUUGAACCUCAGAGCAAUAUCCAGUUCCAGGGACUGGCAUACGAUGACAUGAUCAAGCAUCAUCGUGGCGAAGUCGCCUACAACGGGGAGGUUGACCAGCACUUCCCCCAUCUGACAGUUGGCCAGACCCUCUCAUUUGCGGCUUAUGCGCGUACUCCUCAACGACGCCUCGAAGGUAUUACGCGCGAAGAGUAUGUCGACACGCUCACCCAAGUCGUUCUUUCGGUGUUCGGCCUCACACAAACCAUCAACACCAAGGUUGGAGACAAUUUCAUUCGAGGAGUUAGUGGUGGCGAGCGCAAGCGGGUCAGUAUCGCUGAAAUGUUCCUUUCUCGGAGUCGGAUCGGAGCCUGGGACAACAGCACUCGCGGCUUGGAUUCCGCGUCUGCAUUGAAGCUCAUCAAGUCAUUACGCCUUUCUGCCGACAUUGGACAGUCGUGCCAUGCGGUUGCCGCCUAUCAGGCAUCUCAGUCGAUGUACGACCUGUUCGAUAAGGUCGUCCUUCUGUAUGAAGGCUACGAGAUCUACUACGGCCCUAGUGAUCGCGCUGUGGCCUUCUUCCAGGAGAUGGGAUGGGAGCUGCCAGAACGUCAAGUUAGUGGCGAUUUUCUCACGUCCAUCACUAACCCUGGGGAACGCAGGGCACGUCCAGACAUGGUCGACAAGGUCCCUCGCACCCCUCAGGAGUUCGCGGAUUAUUGGAAGCGCAGCCUCGAAUACAAAGAGCUUUGCGCUCAGAUAGAGCAAUAUCAACGCGACCACCCAGUCGAUGCUGACGAAGCUAGAGAGUUCAAGCAACACCAUGAAGAGCGGCAAGCGCGCCAUACCAGAGCUCAAAGUCCAUACCUUCUAUCCGUCCCGAUGCAGGUGCGUCUCUGUCUGCGCAGAGCAUUUCAGCGACUCCGCAAUGAUCUUCCCACGGCAAUGUCCACCGUCAUCGUUCAAGUUAUCCUGUCUCUGGUUAUUGGAUCCAUCUUCUACAACUCGCCCAACACAACCACAGCUUUCUUCCAGAAAGGCGCUGUCUUGUAUUUCUCCGUCCUCAUGAACGCUUUGGUUACGAUGAAUGAGAUCAUGCAACUAUACAGCCAAAGGCCGAUUGCCUCGAAGCAGGCAGGCUAUGCGUUUGUCCAUCCAUUUGCUGAAUCCCUCGCCAGCAUAAUCAUGGACCUACCGAUCAAAUUGAUGCGCUGCUCCGUCUUUUGUAUUGUCCUCUACUUCAUGACUAACCUGCGCCGGGAACCGUCACAGUUCUUCAUCUACUACCUAUUUCUCAUUAUGGCGAUCCUGACGAUGUCGGGAAUCUUCCGGACAUUAGCUGCAGCCACCAAGACGGUUACGCAAGCUAUGGCAAUGGCAGGUGUGAUGAUUCUUUGCAUCGUGGUUUAUACCGGUUUCACCCUACCGCAACCCUACAUGCACCCAUGGCUCUCUUGGAUCCGCUGGAUCAACCCGAUCUUCUAUGCCUUCGAGGCAUUGGUGUCUAAUGAGUUUCAUGGGCGGAACUUCCCUUGUGCAUCGGUGAUCCCAAGCUAUGGUACGGGGUCUUCGUUCAUCUGUUCAGCCGUGGGAGCCGUAGCUGGCGAACGCUACGUUUCCGGCGAUGCCUUUAUUGAACAGAAUUACGAGUAUUACUACUCCCACAUCUGGAGAAAUUUCGGUAUCCUCCUGGCCUUCAUGAUCUUCUUCACCUGCACCUGCUUGUACUUCUCCGAAAUCAACACCGGCGAGUCAUCCAAGGCAGAGACUCUGGUUUUCCGCCCGGGUCAUGUCCCUCAGUUUUUGGCCGCCUCGGAGGGAGUGGAAGGUGGUAAGGCAGCUCCCCCGAAGCCGGAAUUACAAAGCAACGAGGACGAAGUCAUUCAUCUUCCCGAGCAGACGGACAUUCUCUCAUGGAAAGCCCUCAACUACGACAUCCCGGUCAAAGAGGGUACACGACGGCUUCUGGACAAUGUCAACGGAUGGGUCAAGCCUGGCACAUUAACGGCACUGAUGGGUGUUUCGGGCGCCGGUAAAACCACCCUUCUGGAUGUUCUUGCUCAAAGAGUCUCCAUCGGCGUGGUGACCGGUGACGUUGUGGUCAACGGGCGACCGCUGGCGGCCAAUUUCCCCCGGAGGACCGGUUACGUGCAGCAGCAGGAUCUUCACCUGGAAACCACUACCGUUCGUGAAGCCCUCCGUUUCAGCGCGAUGCUUCGCCAGCCCAGGUCUGUGCCUAAGGAAGAGAAAUUCGAGUACGUGGAAGAAGUCAUCAAGAUCCUGCGUAUGCAAGACUUUGCCGAGGCUGUGGUAGGCUCACUGGGCGAGGGCUUGAACGUGGAACAAAGAAAACUACUCAGUAUCGGUGUUGAGUUAGCGGCCAAGCCGACGCUUCUGAUCUUCCUGGAUGAGCCCACCAGCGGUCUGGAUUCUCAGAGCUCCUGGACCAUUUGCUCGCUUCUGCGACGACUGGCGGACCACGGACAAGCAGUGCUGGCCACGAUCCAUCAACCGAGUGCCCUGCUGUUCCAGACAUUUGAUCGCCUGCUCUUCCUCGCCAAGGGAGGUCGAACCGUCUACUUUGGUGAUAUCGGCCCGAAUUCCCAGAUCCUGCUCGACUACUUCGAACGCAACGGCGGCCGAACUUGCAGCGACCUGGAAAACCCGGCGGAAUACAUUCUCGAAAUUGUCUCCGGGGAUAACACCAAGGGACCUGAUUGGGUGCAGGUCUGGAACGACAGCCCCGAGUUCAAGGCGGUCCACGCCGAGGUCACCCGGCUCCAGGAUGCUCAGCAACAGCCGGAGCCCCAGAUGCAUCCCGGUGAUGACAGCGACGCGGAGUUCGCGAUGCCGCUGACCAGCCAGCUUUACUACGUCCUGCAGCGAGUGUUCCAGCAGUACUACCGCCAGCCCGAGUACCUGUUCUCGAAGUACGUGCUCGGCAUCAUCUCCGGUCUCUUCAUCGGUUUCUCCUUCUUUAAGUCCAACAACACGCAGCAGGGAUUUCAGAACACCCUCUUUAGUAUCUUCCUGCUGUGCACGAUUUUCAACACCUUGGUCAACCAGAUCAUGCCAAAGUUCGUUCGGCAGCGUGCUCUCUACGAGGUCCGCGAGCGACCCUCGCGAGUCUACUCGUGGAAGGUUUUCAUCAUCUCACAGGUGCUCGUCGAGAUCCCUUGGCAGAUUGUCCUGGGCAUCUGCUCCUGGGCCUGCUACUACUGGACGGUGAUAGGUACCGGCCAGGACGCUGAGCGACAUGGCCUCGCCCUGCUGUUCAUCGUCCAGUUCUUCAUCUAUGCAUCCAGCAUGGCCCAAUUGGUCGUCUGCGCGAUCGGCGAGCCCACCCUCGCUGCCAUGCUGGCCACUCUGAUGUUCGGUUUCUCCUUCAUCUUCAACGGCGUUAUGCAGCCCCCCGGUGAUCUCCCCGGCUUCUGGAUCUUCAUGUACCGCGUCUCCCCGUUCACCUACUACAUCGGCGGCAUGAGCAGCACCAUCCUUCACGGCCGCUCGGUGGAGUGCAACGCCGCGGAGCUGAGUGUCUUCGACCCGCCCGCCGGCCAGACCUGCGGCCAGUACCUGGAUCGCUACGUCUCCGCCGCCGGGGGUCAGCUGUACAACUCCAACGCCACCGCGGGCUGCGAGUAUUGCUCCAUGUCCUCCGCGGACCAGUAUCUGGCGCUCCGGUGGAUCUACUGGGAUGAGAGAUGGCGGAACUAUGGCAUCUUCUGGUGUUAUUGGGGAUUCAACGUCGUGGCGGCCAUUGCUCUUUACUAUGUGUUCCGCGUGAAGAAGUGGGGGAGGAAGUAGAUGGGGUAAGCGCCUUGCGCCCGCCGUCAAGGAUCUUUCUUUUUUAUUUCUUUCUGCAUCUGUUCUACAAUUGUACAUGAGCAUAUGUGGAAGGCUUCUUUGCAUUUCUGUAUCUAGAUAGUCGGUUUUGGCAUAGCGUAUAAUGCAUGACAAUUCUCCAAUCGUGUCAUGGGAGUUGCUUGGGGACGCAGCCGCGCGCAAGUUCCCAUGAUAGUGGGCAAGCGAGUGAUAGGAUGUAUCAUCUGAGGCUGAAAGGCUGAACAC